AUGAAGGCUGGCCUCAUCUCUAUCGCCGCGGCUCUCGUGGGUGCCUCUCCUGUCUGGGGUGCCUCAACCGAGAAACGCGACAGCAUCACCCCCGUCACUGUCAAAGGAAAUGCCUUCUUCAAGGGCGAUGAGCGAUUCUACAUCCGCGGUGUCGACUACCAGCCCGGUGGCGAGUCGAAGCUAGUAGAUCCGAUCGCCAAUGCCGAUAGCUGCAAGCGUGACAUCAAGAAAUUCCAGGAUCUCGGCCUGAAUACUGUUCGUGUUUACUCUGUUGACAACUCCGCGAACCACGACGAGUGCAUGAAGGCCUUGGCGGAUGCUGGGAUCUACCUGGUGCUCGAUGUCAACACACCCAAGUACGCGAUCAAUCGUGCCGACCCCAAGAAAUCAUACAAUGACGUGUAUCUUCAGUACGUCUUCGCAACUGUUGAGAUGUUCGCGCAGUAUGACAACACCCUGGCCUUCUUCUCUGGAAACGAGGUUGUCAAUGAUGGUCCUUCUUCCUCCGCUGCUCCUUACGUGAAGGCCGUUACUCGUGAUAUUCGCUCGUUCUUGCGCGCUCGUAAGCUGCGUCAUGUCCCUGUUGGAUACUCUGCUGCUGACGUUAACGAUAACCGACUGGAGAUGGCUGAGUACAUGAAUUGCGGUACUGAUGACGAGCGCAGCGAUUUCUUCGCCUUCAACGACUACUCAUGGUGUGACCCAUCCUCUUUCACCAUUUCCGGAUGGGACCAAAAGGUCAAAAACUUCACCGGCUAUGGUCUCCCACUCUUCCUUUCCGAAUACGGCUGCCACACAAACACUCGUGACUUCGGAGAGGUUUCCGCGCUCUACUCGACCGAGAUGACCGGCGUCUACUCUGGUGGCUUGGUCUACGAGUACGCCCAGGAGUCCAACAAAUACGGAUUGGUCGAGAUCAAAGGAGACGACGUCAAGGAGCUCCACGAUUACACUGCCCUCAAGACCGCUUUUGAAAAAACCGCGAACCCCCAGGGUGAUGGAAACUACAACAGCACUGGUGGUGCGAGUGGUUGCCCUGCGAUGAACGCGCCCAACUGGAAUGUUACCAAUGACGCACUGCCCGCUAUGCCUGCCGCUGCCAAGAAAUACUUGACCGAUGGUGCUGGCAAAGCAGUAGGCUUUGGCGGAGACGGUAGCAUGGAUGCAGGCACCGACUCUACUGCCACAGCUACCUCCGGCUCUGGGGCAGUCACCGGAAGCACUUCUAGCAGCACCAGCACCAGCUCCAAGGGAGCUGCCGCUGGUCUUCAACCCCCUGCCCUUUCCAUGGCCCCCGUUACUGUUGGCUUGGUGACUGCCUUGUCUGCACUUUUCGGCGCCGGCUUCAUCGUUCUGUGA